AUGAUGACUGCUUAUGCGUUGGCUCGAAUAUGUCAAGAAUUAUUCGGAGAUGUAGAAUAUGCAGCUAUUAAUACUGAUAGAAAUAAAUAUCCUAUUAGUUGUGGACGUGUUGUGUUUAUGAAUAUACAUAGUUACUAUGCACCUGUUACUGCUAAUUAUUUAAUGAUUGAAUGUGAUAAAUUUUGUAAAAUACAAACCGAUCCAUAUUUAUCAGAUAGUGUACCUUGUGUAGGUACUAAUGGACAACAGUAUCCAAAUAUGGGACAAUUUUUUUGUUGUUCAGUUAAAUGUAUGAAAUAUUAUUGUGUAACAUGUUGGGAUUUAAAUCCUAAUCAUGCAAUAACACAAAUAAAUACCAACAAUAAAACUAUUGAAUGUGAACUACUAGCUUUAAUUCAUAAACCAUUAAUACGUAACGCUCGAACUCCAGAAGUUUAA